AUGAUCUUACUAGCUGACACGCAAUCAAAGACAGUGGUCAUCACUGGCGGCUCUCAGGGCAUGGGAAGAGGACUGGCAAAACUCUUGGCUCAGAAAGGCGCACAUAUUGUCAUUGUUGCGAGAGACCAAGAAAAGCUCGAAGCUGCGUUAACAUACAUAAGUGCCGCUGCCAAAACCCCACAGACUCAGCGGUUCCAUGCCAUCAGCGCGGAUGUUACGAUCGCUGAAGAGAAUGAUCGGAUCAUAAGAGAAGUGACCGUGUGGAACAAUAGUAUACCACCAGAUGUGGUCUGGGCAAAUGCAGGAAUGGCUCAUCCUGAUCUCUUCAUCGAUACCCCUGUCGACGUGCUCAGAUCACAGAUGGAUAUUAAUUACUGGGCGGCGGCAUAUCUCGCUCAAACAACCUUGAAGACCUGGCUUGCUGCACCUCAGACGGCAGGUGUCACGAAGCCACGGCACUUCAUCAUGACUUCGAGCGUGAUCUGCUUUGCAGGUAUUGCAGGCUAUGCGCCGUAUGCACCUGCCAAAUCUGCCAUGCGUUCGUUGGCGGACACACUCCGCUCUGAGCUCAACCUGUACAAUGGUGCUAUGUGUGAGAGUGCCACAGGGACUUCUUCUCCAUUUAUCGAGAUUCAUUGCGUCUGUCCGGGCACAAUCACUAGUCCUGGGUAUGAGAAUGAGCAAAAGAUCAAGCAUGAAAUCACAAAGAUCCUUGAGGAGGGUGAUAUCGCCCAGACUGAAGAUGAGGUUGCGGCAGCGGCAGUCAGAGGCCUCGAGAAAGGUAAAUUUCUGAUCACUACUCAGCUUGUCGGCCACGCGAUGAGAGCCAGUGCGCUGGGGAGUAGCCCAAGAGAUGCAAAGUUGAGAGAGACGCUAUUCAGCUGGAUAACUUCAGUCGCUUGGUUGUUCAUUGGUCCGAGUAUGGACAAGAAAGUUUACAAGUAUGGGAAGACGAAUGGUGUUAGAAAGAACUGA